AUGUUCUCGCCGUCCUCUUUCCGCUCCGUGCUGGGAGUCACCAAGCGAAUCAAAGUCACCAGUCUCUUCCGUCCUCUCUCAACUUCCUCUUCCUCUUCCGAUAUACCUCCAGAGAUCCUAUCAGCUAUACAGAAGGGAAAUGCGGAAUCGAACUCCGGAGCCCCUGAAAUAAAGCGAGAGGUCUUUACCGAACCCGAACCAGAGGCUAAACCACAAGAAUGGAACGACCGAUUAGAAGCCUACAAGGACAAAUUCCGCUUGCCCAAGGCCGUCCAGGCAGCAUACAUGAAACCCCUAAAGCGGAAACCUGAAUACGGUCUGCCAGUUUGCAACCUACAGCUCCGCUCGUACAGCGCACGCCACGUCGAAUUCUUCGCUGAUUUCGCUCUCCGCGCCGCCUAUUACCUUAACAUCCCCGCGACCGGACCCGUACCGCUACCACGCAUAGUUGAGAGAUGGACCGUCAUACGAAGUCCCUUCGUACACAAGAAGAGCAAGGAGAACUUUGAACGUAUAACUUGCCGACGAUUGAUACAGCUUCAGGAUGGCCACCCAGAAGCCGUCCAAGCGUGGUUGUCCUUUUUGAGAAAACACGCCUUCCAUGGUGUUGGUAUGAAGGCAAAUGUGUUUGAGCAUACUUCCCUAGAUGUUGGAAAGGAAAUGGAUACAGCGGCUAAAAGCUUUGAGAAGGCUCUUGAUGAGGAACUUGUACAUUUUGGAGCAAGGAAGGACGCCGAAUUCCCAGAAACCCUUGUCUCUAUGCUGGAACGAGAAUCACAGACGAGAACUGCCGCACCACUCACGGAGGGACGAAAGGGUUGA